UCCGGUGCUUGGGCUUCGCUCGCUCCCGCGGCAAAGGCGCCAGCCGGUGCCGGUCCACCGCGGGGAGACUGGCUGCGGGCCUCGGGGCGGGUGCGGAGGACGGCGCGGCCGGACUGUGGCCGCGGGGAAGCCGUGCCCCGUGCGGUCCGCAGUCGUGCCGGCCAGUAGCGACUCCACGCUCGAGGAACCGCCCGGAAAGUAGAGCCGCUCGCUGGCGCGAGGCCCGGGAUGGCCAGAGAGUCGACGGCCAGCGCGGCCCUGGACGCCCACGCUGCAGAGGAGCGGCCGGGGCUCCUGACGGGGGUCCUGACGGUGAAGGUGGAGAAAGACGACGCCCCCGCGCCGGCUGCAGAGCCGGGCGCGCCGGACAGCCCGGGCCCCGAGCGCUCGCGCCGGCGCUUCCGGGGCUUCCGCUACCCCGAGGCCGAGGGGCCCCGGGAGGCGCUGAGCCGGCUCCGGGAGCUGUGCCGACGCUGGCUGCGGCCCGAGACCCACAGCAAGGAGCAGAUCGUGGAGCUGCUGGUGCUGGAGCAGUUCCUGACCAUCCUGCCGGGGGACCUGCAGGCCUGGGUGCGGGAGCAGCAGCCGGAGAGCGGGGACGAGGCGGUGGUGCUCUUGGAGUAUUUGCAGACGCAGCUGGAGGAGCCAGGGCCGCAGGUAGAGGGGGCCCAGGUGGUCCAGAGGCAGCUACUCUGUUGCAAGAUGGCAGUGCUGACACCAGCUCAGAGGCCAUGGAGUUCCCAGUUCCAGCCAAUGAAGCCUCUGCUCAAGCACGAGUGUCUGGGAUCCCAGGCCUCAGCAGACAGAGUUCUCCAGGUUCCUGGGCUUGGCCCGGGACGGCGCUGCAGAGGAGACGCGGUGGUGGCUGCCAGGCUGCCCCCAGAGCCCCAGGGCUUGCUGAAGACGGAAGAUGUGGCCCUGGCUUUCUCCCCUGCAUGGACACAGUGGGAUUCACCUCAAGGGAGCUUCCACAGAGAUGAAAGGCAGGAGAACUGUGGCGGCCUGACCCCCCUGGGUGGUGACAUGCAGGCUGAGAUCACGGACCCGCCCCCAGAUGAAAAACAUCCAGGACAAGAGGCUGGGGAAAUACUGUGCCACCUGGGUGACGACGUUGCCCAGAUUCCUGCUUGUGCAGAAGCUGGUGAACAGGAGGACAGGUUACCAAGAAAGCAGAGAAAUGCCACAGGAAGUAGGCGGCACUAUUGUCAUGAAUGUGGAAAGAGUUUUGCUCAGAGUUCAGGCCUGACUAAACACAGGAGAAUCCACACUGGGGAGAAACCCUACGAAUGUGAGGAAUGCGGCAAGACCUUCAUCGGGAGCUCUGCCCUCGUCAUCCAUCAGAGAGUCCACACUGGUGAGAAACCAUAUGAAUGUGAAGAAUGUGGCAAGGUGUUCAGUCACAGUUCAAACCUUAUCAAACACCAGAGAACCCACACUGGGGAGAAGCCCUAUGAGUGCGAGGACUGUGGAAAGACCUUCAGCCAGAGCUGCAGCCUCCUGGAACAUCACAAAAUCCACACGGGGGAGAAGCCAUACCAGUGCAGCACGUGUGGCAAAGCUUUUCGGCGGAAUUCACACCUCCUGAGACACCAGAGGAUCCAUGGCGAUAAAAACGCGCAGGAUCCUGAACGUGGAGAGACCUGGGAGAGUCAGGGGAGGGUGGAAGGCCGGUGGGAACAUGUCGAGGCUCCUGUGUCUUAUAAAUGUAAUGAGUGUGAGAGAAGUUUCACUCGCAACAGAAGCCUUAUUGAACACCAAAAAAUCCACACUGGUGAGAAACCCUAUCAGUGUGACACCUGUGGAAAAGGCUUCACCCGGACCUCAUACCUUGUUCAACACCGGAGGAGCCACGUCGGAAAAAAAAUCCCGUCACAGUGACCCACGUCGUACGUGGCAGGGUUGGUGCUCAUUCCUCAUCGAACCGAAGCCACGCACAGCCCCUCCUGCCCACAGAAACUGGGCUGGGCUUUAUCGACCGCUUCCCAUCAUCUUGUGUUAGAUGCACUGAAAUGGGCUUCCAGACUGGCUAACCACCUCCAGUCAGCAUCAUGAUUAGUCUCCUGGCAGAAGGCUCUGAUGGGGUCUGCUGCUCUGACCAUUUUGCCUAUAAAGAAUCCUCCAUCAGUUGGUCAGAUCCAUGAUGUCUUACACUCCCCACUGUGCUUUGCAUAUAGGUGCUUAUAAACAUUUAUUAAAUAUGCCAGUGAGGUGACGAAGAUGGCUCUGAAAAUCUAAUAUGGUCUAGAUUUCUGAGGCCUUUCUAACUAAGACACUUGUGUUUGUGUCUAAUAUUCUGAGGUUCUAGAUUCUGGGUCAGUCAUGUAUUUAUUUAUUGCCACGUACAUAGGAUUGUCAGAGUUGGGGUGGGGGAAUCCAUAUUUCUUCACCAGCGUAGUACUUGUAGAAGAAUGCCUUAAGCAGCUGAUCGUUCAGACGUGGUGAGACUCCUCCAUCCUUAUAACUGCAUUCUUCAGUCAGUGUUAAUUACAUUUGUUCACGUUAAUUUUCUACCUUUUAGGGGGAAAGCUUUCACAUUCAGGUAAAUAAAAACUGAACUGAUCAA